AUGGACUCCAAUGCAUUACAAGAUGCAUUUUUGAUGCCCACAAAAAAUGUCCUUGAUAAUAAACCCAUCGAAAGUCGCUACUUAUUGCUCGACUGUCUAGGUAAGGGAUCAUAUGGCACAGUUUGGAAGGCUCAAAAUAUUCAAACCAAGAAAGUCUUUGCCAUAAAAAAGGUUGACAAGACUCGCGUUGGAACGAAAGGUUUACAGGAAUUAAUGGGUGAGGUUGAGUCCAUGAGCAUGCUAAGCCACCCAAAUAUAGUCAAGCUAGAGGAAACUUACCAGGAUGAUUCGAACCUUUGGAUUAUAAUGGAGUAUCUAGCCUGCGGCACUCUUGAUCAAAUGCUAAAAAAAAAAGGUUCUCUUUCUGAGGCUUCGAUCAAAAAUAUUGUCACUCAGCUAUUACUGGCACUAGAAUAUAUUCACAGUAAAGGUAUUGUCCAUCGCGACUUGAAGCCAGCCAACUGCCUUAUCUCUGAGGAUGGCAGCACAGUGAAGAUAUCUGAUUUUGGCUUUGCCGUUCUAGCGGGAAGUGAGCAAUGCUUGACCACUUACUGCGGGACUAUUUCCUUCAUGGCUCCCGAAAUUCUUAUGAAACUCAAUUAUGGUAAAAAAGUUGACAUGUGGGCCUUGGGGAUUCUUACUUAUCUUCUUUUUUCUGGUGAGUACCCUUUUAAGGGAGACAAUUCUAGUACCCUCCGACGUGAGAUCUGUGCAAAUCAUUCUUGGGUAAAUCGUAAUAAGCAACUUAAGGAAGUCCCACAGUUGUAUGAUUUCAUUAACAGAUUACUCAGAUUUGAACCAAUAAAGCGUAUGACUGCUAGAGAGUCAUUACAGCAUCAAUGGAUUAAAUCAAGAAUGAAUUCGUUUAGAGACUUUGUUUCCUUUGCACCGUGCUUACCGUUAGGUGAAUUUGGCACAUAUUCACCAGGUGGAAUCAGACUGGUGAGCCGGUUUAGAUCAGCAGUGGUAGCAAUCCUAGCGGUACACCGAUUAGUCUAUUGGCAGCGAUGCCGUCGGCUUGAAAAACUUGGUUAUGGUCAUAUAAGUGUGUUACGAAACCUACAUUACUUUGUGACCAAGUGCUUUGAACCCAAGUGGAGCGGAAAACCGGUAUUCUACUGUGGUCACAUGUUUGCGCAGUGCCCUAUGGCAAUUACAGAGUUAUUACCCAUGGUUGCCGCGUCAAAGUCAAUAGAAGAACUCAACUUGAGCCACAACAAUAUUAAUAGUCUUAGCCUUGUGCAGGAUAUAUUGCUUACAGUCGCACACCAUCCAAGUGUUGAGGUUAUUAACCUGUCCUAUAAUCCAAUUCCUGCUGUAGCUGGACGUGGUUUGUUGCGACUAGCGCGUAAUACCUCGUCAAAGUUGCGUCGCAUAGAAGUCAUUGGUACUCCAAUUGCAAUAGAUGUUGUUAAGCAAUUAAGUACACUUUUAAAGGAAAAGAAUGCACCAAUUACAUCCGUAAGUACAAAUGUUUCUACAACAUGUACAUCGAGUGCUGGAAAAGCAGGGUCAUACUUUUCAAAAAGGAGCACUAAAAAUUCCACGAUUCCACGGCUUCCAAUUCACAAUCCUAUCCACAGUAGUGACACUGCCCUUCGGGAACAACCCACUCCAAACAAGAAAUUAGGUGAAAAGGAUGAAAUAAAGCCAGACCAGUUGCCCUACAUUAUGAAAAGCGGUUGCUUACAUAGUACUAUUAAACGGAAUUUGCGUUUAUCAAAUACAAGAAAAGAUUAA